AUGGGCGUGCCCUCUGUUCAGCGGCCGGUGCCCAAAGCGCCCCCGGCCAAAGCUCAUCGCAACAGAGGCAUGGAUCAGCCGGCCGAGCGAUCGCUCGACGCCGUGCCCGCUGACGUUCACAUCAGCGGACCGGCCCACUAUGUCAUUCCGGGGCAGCCCCCGCGGCGGCUGGAUCAGCUCCCGCCCGGUACGCAGCUCCCUCCCGGCACCGAGAUCAUGGUGCCUACGAGGAGCUCGAGUCCGCCGACCAAAGCGCCGCCGACUCCCGCCCAGAUCGCGGCGUACCAGGCUUCUCGCGCUACUCCCGCUCGGACGAAAGCCAAAGCUACUCCUGAUGCAGCUUUUCGUGUUGUCGAGCGGCAGUUGAUCGACUUGCUCGGCGCGGCCCCCCUCGACGACGAUCCGAUCGAGGAGCCGUCGCCGGAGCCCGAUGAUCCGAUCGAAGACUUUUAA